AUGACAGUUUCAGAAGUAUCGACAUCAGAUUAUAAUCCUGGUGCUCCAGAAGUACCUUAUUAUACUCCGAAACAACCAGUUGCUGCAGGUACUUUUUAUAAACAAACUCCUGAUGAUGAACCACCAGCAAUUUUCAAACCUUUAAAAAUUGGUAAAUUAACAUUACAAAAUAGAGUUGGAGUUUCUCCAAUGUGUCAAUAUUCAUCAACUGAUAAAUGUGAAGUUACUCCGUAUCAUUUAAUUCAUUAUGGUGCAUUAGUUACAAGAGGUCCAGGUUUAACAAUUGUUGAAAGUUCAGCAGUUAGUGAAUAUGGUGGUAUUUCACCAAGAGAUUUGGGAAUUUGGAAUGAUGAACAAGCUAGGAAAAUGAUUGAUAUUGUUGAAUAUGCUCAUUCUCAAAAACAAUUAAUUGGUAUUCAAUUAGGUCACGCAGGUAGAAAAGCUAGUACUCAACCUCCAUUUAUACAUUUAGAACAAGCAGUGGACGAAUCAGCUGGUGGUUGGUUAGAUAAAGUUUAUGCUCCAAGUCCAAUUGAAUUUAGACCAUUUGGUAAUUAUGUAAAACCAAAAGAAUUAACUAUUAAACAAAUUAAACAAAUUAUUGAAGAUUUUGGUGAUGCUGCUAAAAGAUCAAUUGAAAUUUCCAAAUUUGAUUUUGUUGAAAUUCAUUCAGCACAUGGUUAUUUACUAAAUGAAUUUUUAAGUCCUAUAUCAAAUAAAAGAACUGAUGAAUAUGGUGGUUCAUUUGAAAAUAGAACAAGAUUUGUUUUGGAGAUUAUUGAUAAUGUUAAAUCAAAAAUUCCAACAGAUAUACCAAUUUUCAUUAGAAUUUCAGCUUCAGAAAAUAGUCCAGAUGAAUCAGCUUGGAAUAUUGAAGAUACUAAAAAAUUUGCUGAUAUUUUGAUUGAAAAAGAAAUUGCAUUAUUAGAUGUUUCAAGUGGUGGUAAUGAUUAUAGACAACCACCAAGAUCAAAUAUAAGUAAAGAAAAAAGAGAACCAAUGCAUGUACCAUUAUCAAGAGCAAUUAAACAACAUGUUGGAGACAAAUUAUUGGUUAGUUGUGUUGGUGGAUUAACUGAUCCACAUUUAGUUAAUCAAUAUUUAGAAGAUGGUACAUUCGAUUUAGCGUUGGUAGGUCGUGAAUUUUUAAAAUCACCAGGUUUAGUUUGGGAAUGGGCUGAUAAAUUAGGUGUUAGAGUUUAUACAUCUUUACAAUAUGGUUGGGGUUUUUGGCCAAAUAAACAACAAGUGAUAGACUUGAUUGAAAUAACUGAAAAAUUAAAAUUAGAACACGAUAAACAAUAG